AUGUCCGCGAGCAUUCCCGAAAACGACGGAAAACCACCAAGACCGACUCCUGCUCCUCGAAAAUUGUCCGUCAACAAAUCUUCAAACAAGCCAACCAUUUCCGCUCCUUUUAACUUCAGGCAUGUGUCUCAUGUUGGGAUUGACUUUGCAUCGCAUGAUGUCAAAAAGGCAAUCAAGCCAAUGACGAAAAUUGAAGAGAUUAACGACCCCCCUCAGGAACCAGCCCUAGAGAAAUAUGACGAUGUUAAUGAGAAGAUUUCAAACACAAGAAAGAUAUCGGAAUCAAUUACUCCCGCAGAUCGAGGUAAUCCCGAUGAAAUUGAUACACAGAGGAGUGCAAUCCCGAAGGGUGACUCCUCCUUGCAUCAAAAAUUUGCUCUUCUACGACAAGACAGUCGUCCGACAUCCGAUACUAACGAAAUCAUGAACGAUGGAAAGAAUAUAAUGGCAUCAAAUACGACCGACGACAUGUUCACGAAGAAAAGAAAGGCUGAGGAACGAAAACUCAUAGAAGAAAUCCGCUACAAACGCUCAUGUAUCAGACUAGCUGCAACGUUCCCAGCUGAAGAAGAAAUUCAGAGGAAAAUUCGUAAUUUUUUAAAAGUUAUUGUAAUGCUAACUCGGUCAAAUAACCUCUCCGAUAUGUUUACUAAAACCCGAGGAAAAAGACCUCAACAUUUCGCAAGGGUGGAGGCAACGCUCUACAAGUGUCGUUUAGAGCAGGUCCAUCAAGCGGCCAAUAUUACGAUGGAAAGAAUCGGCGCCGCUGCCCAAGGACUAUCGUUGACGUACGAUUUGUACGGACUGCUUGUGAUGGCAGACAAUAACUUGGCAAACUCGAGAUACGAGUUUUUCAAUGACACGGAGGAAGGAGUGACAUUGGAACCUAGCUUUACCGCCGACUUCAUAGGCAGAGAGGUCGAGUUCAUCAAGGAAUUUCGAAGUCAAGUGGAAACCGAAAUCAGAGAAGCUGAGCUUCAAGAACAAAGAGAAAACCACAUCAACGCCUUCGUCCAGACCAAAGAAGAAAUAGAGCAUCUCCAUUGCGAAUUUAAACAGAAGAACUUCGUCGAGAUUUCAAACAAGGCUUUGCCGAAAUCGAUAAACGGAUUAGCGAAGAGCGAAAAUAUCAAUAGCAUGCGGGAAAAUCUCCACCGCGAGUUUGGACAAUGCCGUAAAGAAAUAGAGGAGCAGAUUCGGGACCAAAGCGAUAGCAUAAAGGGAAUCAUCGAACUGACCAAAAAUUCGCUUGAGACACAGCUGGCAACUCUUCCCUCUUACGCACCGAAAACAGAUCAAGAGCCAACCAUGCCGAAAGAAAUGGCAUCGGAAAGGACAACAACCAAAAACUGGACAGAAGACCCUACUUCGAAACAUCAAGAAUCUGUAGGACAAAGGAAUGUCAGAGAGGAGGAAGUUGAAGAAGACCUCUUAGAUCUAUAUGACGAUUACGAAUGUACGGAGCAGAAGGAUACAAGCGAAGGAGCUUCAACUUAUACCAGAGAAAGCAUUCGACAAAGAAAAGAGCAUGCAGAUAAGGAGCGGAGCGAGCAACUAGAUGAACGAAAAGCCAGAAUCGAGGAGUUCCUCAGCGUUGUCAUGAGCACACCAAGGAGCAGAAAGAAGAUGCGCGCACCUCCUCCACCCAUACAGCUCCACAGCUUCAGCAGUUCCCAGUGUAAUGAGGACAUAGGGUGGAAAUCAAGCUCACCUAAAUCUUUACCAGAGGAUCAAUCUAAGAUAACUUUCAAAAGUUCUGGCAUAACGAAACAAAACCGUUCUCCGAAAUCCGUAGUUGAUCAACCUGUGGCUUCGGCAGAAAUUAAUGUAUAUUUGGAUCACGCUAUUCCUACUUCAUCAUCGAGCAGUACACCAAUUCAGCCCUCAUCUUCCACUGAUGGUAACUUCCCGAAGGUGCAUUUGGAAAUGGAACAACAACAACCCCUGUGGAUGCUAAACCUUACCAUGAAGGAGCAGAAACGACUUAGGGAACUGUGGCUGCGAUCAAUGGGCAAUGAAAAAUUACCACAUGACAAACAAACUAUAAUGGAAUUAAUCCCCAGAUUCGAAGCAUACGGAGGUCACGUUUCACCCUCUGACCAGGUUGUUCUAUCUGAAAAACCGAGAAAUAUUCGACGUGUUGCCCCUCCACCACCAUCGAACUGUUCCAAUCAGUUGAAUCCCGAUUGUAAUGAAGAAACGAUUUGUUUGCAUAUUCAGAAGCAACAUUCAGAAGACACUGGCGAAGGUGAACCUGAAGCUGCUACGGAUAUCAAAUCGACUGAAAAACUUGACUCAUCUGCCCUGACCCUUCCAGUCCCCAAACCGAGACAAAAGAAAAGAGCGGAGAAGCCUGACAUUGCCCAUGCUGGAACCGCGGGCACGGGUUCACCACCAAUUAUUUUACCAGAAAAAACGACAGAGUGCGUUGUGACCAUGUCCAAAUCCGAUUUGAACAUAGUGGGCGAAGUGACAUAUGUACUAAAAGACUCCAACAGAAAUACAAAGGAAGAAAUAGAGGUCACUGUGGAACGAUUAAGAAAAGAAUUGGAAGCAACAUCAAAGACCAAAGAAAACAUGCGAACAGAUCACGAUGUGGACGGCGAUGAUGAUAUUGAGACUACCAGAUUCUGA